CCCACAGAGAGCACUGAGACCCUGCAGUUUGACCCAAACUUUCUAAUUCGAACUUUUAACUCCUGUGGGCAAAUUUCUACUUUGUUUUAAACUAGUAAAACUCAUCUUGAAGUUUCUUCUUUUUGCUUUUUUUAAUUUUCCCCUCAUGCUCAAAUGGAAUAUCUGGAGUCCCCAAAAGAGAGGAUAUCACAGUUUUGAGGUAAGAGCAUUUUUAUUUUAUUACAGUGUCUGAUAUGCUAUUAUUAACUAUUUAGGGAGCACUUUGGCUGCUUUUGUACAACAUAGUUAAUCCUCAUCCAUUCAUGCGGAGAUGGAGGCGCAGAGAUAGCCCCGAAAUGUGUGCCAAGGUCUGAUCAGCGCUCCGGAAAAUCUAAUUAAUCUCUCAAAGAUGGACUUUCAUUCAAACUCCACUUACUUGCCUAGUUUUUCUUUUACUCUCCAGUGCCCCCGUUUUCAUUAAAGUGCUCUCGGUCGAUAAUAACGAUUGUUCUAACAUUUUUAUUCAAGUUUUUGCCUGGACAGUUCCUGUAACACCUCCUCCCCGUGGAUUAAAGAUGGACCCCCUCACCCUGCGCGUCCUCCAGACUCUCCUGGUCCUGGUCCUGGUGGUUUUGCCCCCUGUUGCCCCCGCUCCCUGCCCCCGGUCCUGCUCCUGCCCCCAGCCCACUGAGGUCCACUGCACCUUUCGCUCCCUCCUCACCAUCCCGGCUGCUGUACCCAGACACGUGGAGCGCAUGAACCUGGGGUCAGUGCGACCACAGCGAUGACAGAUGAUGGUAUAGAACAGCAUCAUUGUCAGUAAAUGAGGGUUAACUGUGGUUUAAUAUUCGUUUUAGGUUCAACAGCAUCAACAGAAUCACAGAGAAAUCCCUCUCGGGUUUGAGGAAGCUGGAGCUGCUGAUGGUUCACGGGAAUGACAUUCACAGUCUUCCUGAUGGUGCGUUCAGGGACCUUACUUCACUUCAGGUAAACCUCAAAUCCCCAUGAACGUCUUACUUGAUGGAUGGGUAAUGUCGUGCAUGAAUCCCCUGCAGUGUGGCUUUGGACCUGUAAUAUUCUUCACGUCCAGCAGGGGGCGAAGAGUGAGUGAUUGUAUAGAAUUCUUUGAAAAAAUAAUCCUUCCUCUCAGAUGAUCUAUUCCUUCAGGAAUCAUUAUUCUAAUGAGUUUAUAGUCUUAAUUUGUAGUUCACAUUCUUCUUUAUGAUAUUUAUUCAAUAAACUAUGGUCCAUCAGAAAUUACAUGGACCGGAAAGCAGUGUAGGCUUUGCACAGCCUGGGACAAGGAAAGACAUGUUGCACCCCAACUGUAGCCGCUAUUUGUGGAUAAUGUGGCAAUAACAUUACUUUGUAUUUUUUAUGCAUGCUGCUAGUCUGCUUUGACUUUCUUCAACAUCUUUAAUUUUGGAGAUUUUAUGCUAUGGAGAGUAGUGAUAGGCAGUAACCCGUUGGAAGCAACCAGCACUGUAAUCUGAUUACUUUUUUCAAGUAAUUCGUAAAGUAGGUCGAAGGGAUUAAAACGGCAAAAACAGGUUGGAUAUACCGGUGAAUCUGACGUCGCAACAACACGCAAUCUGAUUGGUCAGAAGUGGACACACAGUAUGCAAAACUUUAGAAAAUUCGACCAUGACACCAAAAAAUAAAUGCCGCAAUAUCGCAGGACGGGAAAACAUCGCCGAUGUGAACGCUUGUAUUGACAGGAUACAGGUUCGAAAAAAAAUAUUGACAUCCACACAAAAAAAAAAAAACGGUCCCGGUGUGUAAGGACCUUAAACCGCGUAACCGUCAGGUUAAUCCUGACAAUGGCGUGUGAGCAGAGCGAUGAUAGUGGUAAACAACAGACACGUGUAGUAAUGAUUAACAAGAGACAACAUGGAGCGCAGGAGAGAGCAGGACCAUGCAGCGUUUAAUGCUCAGAAAUACCGACAUUAUCUUGAGUUUGACUCGGUAAAAGAUGACGAAAACAUUAGGGUACGCUAUUCACUCUGUGUGGGAAAAGAACUUCGACAGCAUCUACAGCAAAAAAUUCCACCUGGAAUCUGAGCAAGCACCUAGAAAGCAGCACAGUAAUGUGAAACUCACUGCAAAAACCCCAGAUUCUGCCACUGACAUGACCUCUGCGGCUACCUCAUACUAUUCAAAAGAUUCAAACAAAUGAGACAAGUUUUUAAGAAGUGACUUCUAAUUUGAUUCAAUUUUCUAUGAUGGAAUAUGCAAAAUGAAUAGAAUUAGGCUGAAAGGUCUAGGUAUUUAGGUUGCGCUUCAUGAUUUUGGAAAGUAACUAAGUAAAGUAAUUAGUAAAGUAGAAGGUUUACUUUCUUGGAGAAGUAAUCACAAAUCAGUGACUAAUUACUAUUUCCAAAUAACAUGACCAACACUGGGCGGGGCUGGAAACAGCAGAAAGGGUGGGCAAUGACCAUUCAAAGAUUAGUUCGACAUGAGUCAUGCAAUUCAACCUCUAAGCCGAACCAGUGUCACCACUGUUUAUUUUUAAAUGUGGUUACUGGAAGUUCAUGUUUGAGACUUUCUGUUUCUGUUGAUUUUUGCGCCCUCAGUGGUCAAAGUGAUACCUCUGCUAUCAGCUGAUUUUGUUUUUUUUACAUGUGCAAGUCCUGUUUUCAACAAAAAAUCUCUAUCUAUUUGUAAAAAAAUUAAAAUUUAAUUGAAGUUUUUUAUCUGCAAUGUAACCUGCCAGCAGUUCAAGAUGGGAGAAAUGAUCACGAGAAGAAGUCAUCAACGUUUGUGUAGAUGACAUUGUUUAUAUCAUAGGGCUGGGCAAUAUGGCCUCAAAUCAAUAUCACAAUAUAUUAAGCAGUUCACCUCAUUAACAAUAAAUGGACGAUAACUACUCCACAAGCUGCUCACCCCCUCCCACAUUAACUUUGUCUACUUCAGCCGUCGCUCCAGCCGCUACAACCAUACAGACUGGAUGGGGUGGAGUCACGUCUCCGACAUAGGACAGCGUCUUAAAGAGACAUGAGACCAUAGCCUACCUACACACAUCCAAAACCAACUUUUAUUUAUUUAUUUAUUUAUUUAUUUAUUUGACACUGGAUAUAUUGACAUGGGCAAAAUGACAUUGGUUAUUGACGUGAAUUUCGGUAUCAGUAAAUUUUCGGUUUAUCGCCUAGCCCUAUCACAUCAGUAUUCAUUUCAGUCUGUUUUAUAACCAACAAAACCCUCAGAGGUGCUUUGAAUAUAUAAAAUAAAAUAAAAUCUUCCUGGACAGCCUUUGCCACUAUUUUAGACGAUAAAUCAUGGAAUCAAAAUACCACUUAAAUACUUGGAUGAAAUGUUAGGUGGCAAGUAACAUUGCAACAACAAAAAGUCAAUCAUGUACACUGCAAGGCUCCAAGUUUCCAAGCAGACUUGCUCUUCAUUAGACUUGGGGGACACCAUUUAGCACCACAUUUGGUACAUGUGAUUGCACCUGCAGUGUGCAAGCCAUCUUUUUGCAGUUGCAGUAUUUCUUGCAAAUCAAAAUAUUCAAAUAUCAGAAUAUAAAAUACUGGCAUUUUGGUUUUAUCCAUAAAUCCUCCAUAUAGUGGCAAAGGCUGUCCAGAUCAUGGUUUCAGGAUGUUUUUCUUUUCUGUUUCUUGACUCACCUCCCGCCCUCUUUGGUUUAAAUGUGCAUGUUGCCUAUUUUUUGUGCAAGAUGUAAAGCAGAGUGCUCCCUAAAGACGUUUAAAUCUUGUGGAUAAAAGGAGCCGAGUGAUACAAGACUGCAUACUGACAUGAAAACACUUCCAAUCCAACCCAAAUUUAAGUGGCUGCAAUUUCCAAGUGGCUGUGCAAAAGGCUUGCUAAAAAUGAUGGUUAUGACCCCAUGAUGAUAAUGGCUUUUCUCAGACAAAAUUAUGCCGUGAGACCAGACGCAGAGUGAACAUUUUAUUUUGAAGGGUGAGUGUUUUCGAUGUUGAUUUGAAAAACUGAAAGAGCUCAGACCUGUGUUUCUAUGACAGAAACUUUUACAAAAUGUAGUGGAGCCAGUUAUCCAGAGUUUGUGUGCAGCCAUGAACAUCCUAGAGAAGGUUGAAAUACAGAAAGUGUGCAGUUAAAGACCUCUCACCUGCUCGGCAGGAAAAGAGUCUGAAGGUGUUGAAAUUCUGGAUCUGAGGUUCACAAUAUGGUCCUUUCUAAAGCUGACCUUGUCUCUCUUCAUUGGUUCAGAUGUUGAAGAUGAGCUACAACAAACUGACAGAGAUCCACAGACACACUCUCCAGGGUCUCUGGUCCUUGGCGAGGUUACACUUGGACCACAACCGGCUGGAGUUCAUUCAUCCGGACUCCUUCCAGGGCCUCACCUCACUGCGGCUGCUGCAGCUGGAAGGAAACCGACUCCAGCAGCUCCACCCGGCCACUUUCUCCACCUUCACCCUGAUGGGACACUUCCACGUCUCCACACUGAGACACCUGUACCUGUCAGACAACGGGCUGACCUCCCUGCCCUCCGGGCUGGUUGCCACCAUGCCUCAGCUGGAGAACCUGCACCUCCAUGGGAACCCAUGGACCUGCGACUGCAGCAUGAGGUGGUUCCAGGACUGGUUUAAGGCCUCACCAGGUGAGGCUGACUUUGCUAUUUGCUAAGAGAAAUUACCUAGUGGCUGCAUGAACACAGGGCACUUUUUUUCUGAUUAAGAGUUCCUGGAAAAAAACUUUUGCCACUUGUCCACUUUUCUCAUCAAAGCACUCAGUGAAAAUGUAAAACUAUUUAAGACCGUCUGACUGGGCUGUAAUUUUUCCUACAGGGGUCCUGAAAUGUAAAAAGGACAGGGCGCUCCCCGGCGGUCAGCUCUGUCCGAUGUGCUCAUCUCCCAGGCAUCUUCAGAGGAAAGAGCUCCAGGCUGUUGAGGAUCUGGUCUGCAGCAGCCCCAUCAUCAACUCCCCACAGAGGACUUCUCCCCCAGAUGAGGUCCAGAGUGAGGUCCUGACCUCGGAGGCCUUCAGGGAACCAUUUGGAAAUAUCUCCAUGGGCCUGUCAGAUGAACAUGGGAACGAGGUGGAUCUGGAGUGCAGUGUUGGUGAGCCCAGAGAGCUCACUAGGGUCAACUGGGAGCAGAUGGACCCGCUUCACCUGGCCUCCAACAUCACCUUCUCUGUUGAUCUUGAGUGUGCUGUUGAUAGAGAAAGAUAUGAGCGACUUUGGCGACUGAUUGCAUACUACAGCAGCGUACCAGCUCAUUUACAGAGAGCAGUUAUGCUGAAGAAAGAGCCUCAUCCUACAUACGUGUACAGACAGGACUCUGAGAAGGAUGCUCAGUACUACACCGGCGUCAAAGUCAACAUGAUGGCCCAGCCGGCGUGGCUAAUGCAGAAAUCUGCCGAUCUUCAGCUGAACAGACUGCAGUCAUCAGCCAAAGUUGUCAAACUGAUCCUGAGCGCUGAUUUUUCUGAGACUUUGGAGGCUGAGCUGGUGCGGAGACAGAGGAGGACAUGGGUCAUGAUCGAGUCGACGAACACAACUCGUAAAGUGCUGAGCGCGAUUCUGGGACGCCCAAGUCAAAUGGACUGUAACGUGCAAAGUUCAGGACAAGCAGUCAUCCAGUGGAUGCUGCCAGAUGGCUCGAAGGUGGAGGCUCCGUAUAGCGGUCCAGACAACAGGGUGUCUGUGUCUGCUGACGGUCAGUUGGUGAUUAAAACUGUCAGUCACUCUGAUGCUGGAAUGUACUACUGCACUGCAAAGAUUCAUGGAGAUCUAGCUGUCACACCUUUCCAUCUAGUAGUUCAGGAAUCUUCUAAAACUUCUCAAGGAGACGAAUCUUCAAUCACAGCUGUCGAGGGAUUUGCGGGGAGCCCCAUUUCUCUGCCUUGCACCACAUCUGGUUCCCCUGAUGCUGAAGUGAACUGGUUUCUACCCAGCGGCAGCAUAGUUAGCUUUAGAGCUAACUCUUCUAGAGCUUUCGUCUACUCCAAUGGCACCCUGUAUAUCCCCCAGAGUCAGCUUUCGGACAAUGGUUUCUACAAAUGCAUUGCCAUGAAUCAGUAUGGUGCAGACACACUGGCUACAAAGGUCACUGUCAUCAGGCGGCAAGGACUGGUGAGACCUUUGAGGAAGUUUCCAGCAAGGCCGCAAUCAGCUUCAGGGGUCAACACUCAGAUUAAAGUCUCCUCAGAGGACAUAGAGGAGGGAUCAGGGGACGUGGAGGCUCCAAAACGCACACCGGAUGCUACGAGAAGAAGGAUCCCUGGAGGUAUGGUUCCAGGCAGGAGGGGCGUCCAUCCAUCAAGGAAUAUUUGGAGAAGGCCAACAGUGAUUCGUAAACCAGCAGGAUCCCAGACUGAAGAACGCAAGAACAUAAUCGACAGCAGGAGGAAAGUCAACGUGUCAAAGAGUAAAAUAGACCCAGAAAAGUGGGCGGACAUUUUGGCGAAGAUCAGGGAUAGAAAUGCUCAAAAUGCCGUAACGCCAACCCCGGAGAGAAAAGUGUCAGAGCAGGCAACAACGGCACAAGAAACUUUGGAGGGGUCAGCAGAAGGUUUUCAGGAAAAAGAGGGACAGGAUGACUUCACUACACCAGCAAAUAAAGACCUAACAGAAAGUCAAGACCCUCGUGUGAUGCCAAACAGCUACACUGCUCAUACUGCACAUGACAGGACUUCAAACAGCCGGGACCAAGUCCAAACUACAGCAGAGCCAUACACCACUCAGAAUACAUUUAAUGCACAACAUACAAGCAGUGAUACAAACUUGGAUUUGCACACAACUUCAAACAGUGUGUUUUUCCUCCCACAGACCACAUCUGUUCCCCUGCAUGCUGUCACUCUCUGGCAGGCUAACACAAACACUGCAAGCAGAAGCCGUACAGACUCUGUACAAGAGAACCAGAGCACAAAUACAGAUGUGGAUGGAGACAAAACAGCUGAUCAGUCCAAGGCAUCGGAGCAGAGCGAGAGUAUGGAUGAAGUGACGGCCACUGCCAGCUCGAAUAAUGACAGCGAGCCCCCUUUAAGUGGAGGUGAAGUCAUCUCUCUGGUCAACCCAAAUGAAUCAGGGCCAAGCCAAGAGGAAAAUGCAUCAACAUCCCGACCCCGGACUCAGCCAAAGGACACACCACAUAAUGAUGUGAGUUCUCAAGCGAUGCUGACAACGGCAUCUCCAACAACCACGCUCACACCUCCAUUCCCAAGACGGAGGGGGUCCAAAGGACAAGCGAACUCCAAGAGAAAGAAUGGAGGGCGUCGAAGGAGGCCAACCAGAAGGAAACAAAAGCUGAAUGGACUCGUACAAACCGCUGCGACCACAACGGCGACCGCAGCUUUCACACAGACUAAAAUAGAGCCAUCAGAAGAAGCCAGUUUCAAUACCCCUGAUCCAAGUCAAGCCAGGACAUUGAGCUGGGUGAGCCACAAAGAAAGCACAGUCUCAGGGCAUGACGACAAGCCCUCCUCAAUACCAUCCUCUCCGCCUCAGACCGAGGCCAGACCACUUUUCGAAAGCACGUCAGUGGCGCCAUCUUUUCCAACAACCUCUCCAGGAGUAGGUCACGGAAAGAUGACUCCUCAAACUUCCCUGGGAAUUGUACAGAGCACGGAGCCUAUUGAGACACUCACAUCAACCACUCAGCAGACAUUUACAAGCAGCCCUCCUCCACCUGCUAAAACCUCGGAGGAGAAACAAUCAGGAAACAUGAUGGAGGACCUUGGACCUGUACCAUCCUCCUCCAGUAGUUUGCACAUUGUAACUGAAGUGCAAACAGAUGUUGAGCUAAAUCAAUCAGGCCCUAAGUUCACUGAUGAAGAUGGGAAUAUGCUUCCAAAAGAGACUGUCAGUCUGCCCCGGCUGACCUCAGCUUCUUCUCUGAUUGAACAGGAAACCAAGACAACUCCUGGAUAUGCCUCCAGCAGCGUAAAAACAUCACCAAGCGUGCUUUUUAGGGGUGAAUUGGACCCAGAACAGGUCACCACAAAGAAACCUACAGCUGCUCCAACUUCUGCCAAGAAAAUAACAGACACUACUGAGGUGAAUGUGCACCUUGAGGAAACUGUUAACGUAGAAGUUAGUGUCACAAAACCUUCCCUUUCUACAACCUUUGUGCCUGAUGUGACACAAACCCAGACAUCUUCCACAGAAGCCAAAACUGACCCACCAGUCAGGGCCACCACCUUCGAAAGACAAGGAAGUAACAACGCAAGUCAAGACCAACAAAUCCAAACCAUCAUCACACCAAAUCCUCCAAAAACAUCAAAUACACCCCUCAAAUUUAAUCCAACUAGCCACAAACUGGAUCUCAGUGCAAAGCCGACUUCCCCAUCCCUAAAACCCACCAGAGAGCAGACAAUCAAGCACACAACCACCCCAGUCCCAAGAACUCCUGUAAUCCGAACUGAUGCAUUCACAGAGAGACUCCUAACAAGCACUCAGGACCAGGUACCAGGACUAGGACCUGUUCCAAGAGGGAAGCCAAGGAUAAUGAAAAGUAAUUUCCAGACUGUCUCUGUAAAAGCAGAAACAGAUGCUCAGCUUCCUUGUGAGGCUGAGGGUGAGCCAAUGCCCUUCCUGUCGUGGACUAAGGUUGCCAGUGGUAUGUAUGAGUCAGUAUCAUAACUCAGCAGUAUGUGCAUUUUGUUUCUUUUUUUAAUCCUUUCGAUGAAUACACCCUUGAUUUCAAGGAGAGUUUGACACUUUUGAAAAUGUUCUAAAAACUGAAUUUAAUGGUUUUUAAAUCACUGAAGUUCUGCACACUUAAUUCAGCUAAAAGUAAAGUAAUUACAACACAUCCAAAGAUGAAACUAAAUAACAUUAAAUACAGUAUAAGCUCAGGAUCAUGUUUCUCAUCGUCUGCCAUCAGCUCUUCAUUCCCAACACCCUGUAAAUAUUAGUAAACCCGGAGACCAGUUUCUGGAGUUUAGAAAAUGAAAUGUUGUGAAAAUGAAAAGUCAGGACUGCAGACAGACCAGUUUCUCAGCAGGACUCUUCUACUACAGAGCCAUGCUGUUGUAAUCCCAGUUGUCAAUGUGGUUUGUCAUUGUCUCGCUGAAAUAUGAGGGUCUUAUCUAACAAAUAGUCUUUGUCUGGACGUCAGCAGAUGUUGCUUCUAAACCUGUAGAUAUAGUUCAGCAUUAAUGAAGCCUUCACAGACAUGGAAGAUACACAUGACAUGGACUCUGAUGAUCCCUAUACCAUCAGGGAUGCUGGCGUUUGAAGUGUGAAAAGCCAAAUGUUUGCUUUUCUCAGUAGAGUGAAGGAUGGGAUGUCCAAGAAUGUAAAAUUCAGAGCCAGGCUCAGGUCCAGAAAAGUCCCUGGUGUUGCUGGAUCAUGUUUUCAAUCUGGUUUCCUCUUUGCAUGGUUCAGUUUUAACCUCAUUUGUAGAUGCAGUGAUGAACUGUGCUCACAGACACUGAAAUUUAGAAGUGAUUUUGAGCCCAUGCAGUGAUUUCCACUCCAGAGACCCCUGUCUGUUUUUAAUGCAGUGCUGUCUUAGGGCCUGAAGAUCAGGACCAUCCAGUCUUGGUUUUGGUCCUUGUCCCUUUGGAACAGAGAUUUGUCCAGAAUCUCAGAAUCUUUUAAUGAUAUGAUGUUCUGUAGAUGAUAAAAUCCACUCAUUCUUUCACAUUUGACACUCAGGAACACUAUUCUGAAACUGUUGAACUAUUAGCUCACACGGUCUCUCAACUUUUUACCUGUUUGGUUAGUCCUAAAAACAUUUUUUGGAACAUGUUAUGAGCAGAUUUGCUUACAACAAUAUAUUCUUACGUUUUAACAUCUGAGAUGUUGUUUCUGCUCUGUUUUCAGUCAAAUACAGGCCCUAAAUGCUUCUCGAACAAUCAAAUCAAAUCUGUUUUCAUCACUUUCUAAUCAGGAUUCUCUCUGUCCACAUACACAGGGGCGAGUAUUGCUAAAAACACCAAGGUCCAGAGAUAUGAGGUCCAUCCAAAUGGGACAUUAAUCAUAAGGAACUUACAGCCCAUGGACGGAGGCCAGUACCUCUGCAAAGUCCAGAACCAGUAUGGCACAGACAACAUGGUGGUCAACCUUGUGGUCCUGUCUCAGCAUCCACGGGUCCUCCAGCAUCGACACAGAGACAUCACCGUGCACCUGGGUGGCAGAGUUGAUUUGGAGUGUAAAGUGGAGGGGCAUCCCACACCUCGAGUCACAUGGGUGCUCCCUAACAAUGCCCGUGUUCCUGCUGCCCCUCUUGGUGCUGUCCCUCAGCAGAGGGUGUCUGUAUCAAGUAACGGGACCCUCCAGAUCAGCCAGGCCACCUUCACAGAUAGAGGGAUCUAUAAGUGCAUUGGCAGCAGUGCAGCGGGUGCUGACACUGUCUCAGUUCGCCUUCAGGUCACAGUGUUACCGCCUGUGAUCCAGCAGACCCUGCAGGAGAACACCACCCUCCCAGAAGGCAGCACUGCCUUAAUCCACUGCGCUGCCACUGGUUCUCCACAGCCCGUUAUCCGCUGGGUCACACCUGAUGGAGUACAGAUUAUUGCCUCCCAGUCUGUUAGUGGACGCAACCUCCUCGUCUUCCCCAACGGGACCCUUAGUAUACAGGGUGUGGGUUUAGGGAAUGCCGGGAAGUAUGAGUGCUUGGCCAGUAACACGCUGGCUUCCAGCAAGAGGAUAGUAAAUCUGAGCGUGAGGAGGCAUCACACCUCGGCCAAAGCCACCAUCACCUCAUCAUCCCCUCAGAAAACAGAUGUGAUGUACGGAGGGAAACUGCUGCUUGACUGUGUGGCAUCAGGGGAGCCGGAGCCUCGGAUCAUGUGGAGGACACCCUCUAAGAAGCUGGUAGAUGCUCAGUUCAGGUGAGAAAACCAAUGCACUUUGAUCCAAGGUCAUCAAACACAAAUGCUUUAACAGUGCACAUGGUAGUCAAGUGUUUGACCACAUUGGUAUAAACAAUGUUUGAAUGCUCCUGUUUCUAUCACCUGUGCAGUUUCGACCCAAGGAUCAAGGUGCACCCCAACGGCUCCAUCACUGUCCAUUCAGCAAUGGACACAGACAGCGGUGACUACCUGUGCGUGGCACGUAACAAAAUGGGUGACGACUAUGUCCAGUUGAAGGUCAACGUGCUGACCAGGCCAGCCAAGAUCAGGCAGAAGCAGCUGCAGUCCAGUCAGGAGGUGGUGUACGGUGGAGACCUGAAGGUGGACUGUGUGGCAUCUGGUUUGCCAAAUCCAGAGAUCAGCUGGGCGCUACCGGAUGGCACCAUGGUCAACCCAGUCAAACAGAGAGAUGGUGUUGGGGGAGGACGCAGUAGGAGGUAUUAAACACUGAAGGUUUCUUUGGUUGUGGAAUAUAUAGAAUAUUUCUAGUAUUUCUUUUUUUCUGUUAUUUCACUGAUAUUCUGAGCCGAACUAAAAGAAAACAGAGGCUAGUUUUAUGGAAGGUGUAUCCCAGAUUACUACUGAGAGAUAAGUAGUAAAGAGACAAGGUAAAAGGACCAGCACCAAUCAGGAAGCUGCAAAACAGCAGAGCAAAAAUGGCAGGGAAAGCAAACCAAGCUGAUACCAAAAAUCAGCGUUAGCCUCAUUUAGUGCAGUGGUUAAUUGGUUAGCAAUUGAGCUGAAGCAUACUCACUGGGGUUUUUGAGGACUGCAGUCACUUUUAUUCUUUAGUCAUAAACAUGUAGAAGUGGCAGAAUGUUUCCCCCACAGUAACACCAGUAUUUUUUCUUUUUGAUAAUACACAUAAAUCUGUCUGAAGUGCUUCUUUUGAGUCUUUUGAGUAUAUGUACCAGUGGUCAUAUUCAUACAUACAUUCAUACAUUUAAGUGGCCCUGCAAGCCCCAGUUUUUUGCAAAAUCUUUAAUCUAUGACUUAAACAUCUGCGGCUUAAUGGCUGUUUGUCUUUAGAUGUGAAGUGGUGUCAGAAGUUUGUCUUGUAAGAGUCUUUUAAAGUGUUUUCAAAGUCCUCUGGUGUAUAAAGGCAUUAGAGACAUUAGUUUACUAAUUUAGACAUUGAUUGCUUCCUCCCACCUGAAAGAAGUUGUAUUAUCCAUCACAUUAUAAGAUAUCAACGUAUUAUCCUCCUUGGACAGCAGCCAGCCAGCAGGAGUUGCUCCAGACCAAUUACUUCUUGGUUAAGGUUUAACAAAAAAAAAAAACUUUAUUCUAUUGAACCAUAACCCUGAAAUUAAUCAACCAUGAUGUCCUUUAAAUCAUUAAAAAUGUCUGCUAGGAAGCUAUCCCCUGACUGUGUGCUAGUCUGGCAGCUCACCACCUGAAGAUUAAUGACUCCUGACAUCUACAGAAAAUUACUUCAAGAACCAAUUUUGGCAUGUGCUGCUACAAUACAAGAAGUGCACCACAUUUCAUCUGUAUUUAUAGCUCCCUGCAAUGACAUAUAGCACGUACAGGAAACAAUACUCGCUGGUCUAUUAAGGCGCGGCAACAAAAUGUGUUUCUUUCUGACUGAGGAGAGAAAAAAGGGUUGCAGAGAUUCAACCACUGUGAGCUUCAGGAUCAUCUAAUUCAGCAUACAUAAAGAAAGUUACAGAACAUACAAAAGUAUUCUUUAACUUUAGAUUAACAUUAGAGCCUGUCCCUCUGUGGGUUAUUAUUUAAGUGAACUUCUAAUGGCUCUUGACUGUUUUAAUUCAGUUUUUCCCUUCUCAAUUAGAAGUAGCCUACUAAACUUCAAAAUAAAAGCAUAGUUUUGCAAUGCAGCAAUGUAGGACUGGUGAAGUGGAUAAUUCAGAAAUUUGAGCAUCAUUAGAAAAUGAUGAGGACUGUAAGUUACUGGUGUUUAUUCGUAAAGAUUAUGCCAUAAUGGUUGCUCCACUCUUAUCUUGCCUUUCCUCAAUUUGACUGAUGGUUUUGUUUUCAAAUAUCCUGAUAUGUCAUGGUCAUAAUACAAAGGGGUCUUUAAGUCACUCCUGCAAAUAUGAUUAAUUCAUAUUUUGACAGAUUUUAAAAUUAUUACCUCUUGGAGAUAAAAGUUGACACAGUUGCCCUUUGAACCGAACACCCACAGAAGGUAGCAUCAAAAAACUGCACAUUUUUCAACAUGGUGUCAAGAAUGUCACGGCCGCAAAUUCUGCACAUCCUACUUUUAGUUGCCAACUCCUUGGUCAGGUUUACACUGAGUGUAUCUUGUAAUGAAUGACAACAUACAGUCAGUCAUGCUAAGCUACAUGUAAGAUAUAGGGGAACCAUCAAGUAUAAAGGCAAAUUGAAAGUUAAUCAUUCAAAUUACUUAGAGCCAGUGCUUAUCUGAAACUGAUUCUUGAUUUUCAUCCCUUUAUUUUGACACUAACAAGCGUAACUCUUCUUUCUCCCCUUUCUGAACUCCAGGUAUGUGGUCUUUGACAAUGGGACUCUGUUCUUCAAUGACAUAGGCAUACCUGAGGAAGGUGACUACACUUGCUAUGCUGAGAACCAACUGGGCAAAGAUGAGAUGAAAGUUAGAGUCAAGGUAAAAGUUGUCUCCUCUAAGCCGCAGAUCCUGGACAAAGACCAGAGGACCAUCAAGGUUUUCUACAGUGAGACUGUUACUUUGAGAUGUAAUGCCAAAGGGGAACCAGUGCCAAAGAUCAUAUGGAUAUCCCCGACAAACAAAGUCAUAUCUCCUGCUUUGGACAAGUACCAGAUCCUGGAUGAUGGGACAUUGGUGAUCCAGAAGGUCCAACGUUUUGAUGGAGGUAACUACACCUGCAUGGCCAGGAACGAUGCAGGACAAGACCAUAAAGUGACCAGGCUGGAGGUGCUGGUAACCUCUCCUGUGAUUAAUGGUGUAAGAGGGGAUACCAACACUAUGAAGGUGGCUGCAGUUCAGAACCAGAGAAAGUUAAUUGAUUGCGUCGCAAAGGGAAAACCAAAUCCUCGAAUCAUGUGGGUCUUACCGGGGAAUGUGGUCCUUCCUGCGCCAUACAAAAGCAACAGGAUGACUGUGCACCAAAAUGGCACCUUAGAAAUCCAUUCACCAAGAAGGACAGAUACAGGGCAGCUGUCAUGUAUUGCUCGUAAUGAGGGAGGAGAGGUUCGGCUGGUGGUAAACUUGGAUGUGAGGGAUCUUGUUGAAAGACCCCAAAUCAGAGGUCCAAGAACAGAUAGUUUGUCGUUAACUGUUGGGAAUGCCAUGACUUUGAACUGCUCUUUUGAGGGUUCAAUUCUACCUCAAAUCACGUGGAUCUUACCCAACGGCACACCUUUGAAAAGUGGGGCUCGGUUCUCCAAAUUUUUUCACCAUCCCAGUGGAUCUUUGGUCAUCUCCAACCCCUCUGUCGCUGAAGCAGGUAUGUACCGAUGUCUGGGGCACAACUCUCGAGGACUUGCAGAGCAAAUCAUAACACUGACUCCAGGGAGGAAGCCAGAGAUCAUGAACAGGUACAACUCUCCGGUCAGUGUGGUCAAUGGACAAACACUUCUUCUUCAUUGCUUAACCAGCGGUGAACCCCUCAGACUGACAUGGACGCUUCCUAGUGGAGUUGUCCUCAACAAGCCACAAAGAGCUGGACGAUAUGCUGUGCUUUCAAACGGGACACUGGCCAUCCAACAAGUGUCAGUCUAUGAUCGGGGGUCUUAUGUUUGCCGGGCUGCAAAUGAAUAUGGCAGCUCUAUGCUCUCUGUAUCUGUUAUAGUGAUUGCAUAUCCGCCACGUAUUACCAACGGCCCUCCCUCUGUGACUUAUGCCAAACGUGGAGUUGCCUUCCAGUUGAAUUGUGCAGCAACUGGAAUCCCCAAAGCAGAGGUAGCAUGGGAAACACCUGAUAAAACUCGCUUGGCUGUGAGUGCACAACCUAGACUUUUUGGAAAUAAAUAUCUGCAUCCACAAGGUUCCCUCAUCAUCCAGAACCCAACACUUAAAGACGCUGGUGUGUACCGAUGCACAGCACGGAAUGCCAUCGGUACAGACUCCAGAGCAACAUUUCUCAAUGUGUUCUAA